UUCUGUGAAAAAGUCAGCGUCUCUCUCUCUCUCUCUCUCUCUCUGUUUGUUUCUCCGGAAACAAGCACCGAUUUCAACCAAAAACUUGCUUAUAUAUGCAUUUUCUUGGUCUUUCUUUUCUUGAUCAUUAGUUCCCCUACAAUUUAAAGCUUUCAAAUCAAAGGGUCUAUUCUCUUUCUUCUUCCAAAGUAUGUGUAGCUACUUUCAGCAUAGAAUGGAGAAUCAUCAAGGUGAUUUAACUGACAUAGUCCGAGCCGCCGCCUCCGCUGCAGCUGCCGGUGGCGGUUCCCUUUCGAUACCCACCACAAACUGGCAGUUUCCGGUCGAUCCAAUCAUUUCUCCUUCCGGGUUGGAAGAAUUACUGCCGGAAGAUUUUGGCAAUCCUUUCUCUAACAUGAGAGAUCCGAUUCUUCAAGGAGUUGAUCUAGCAAGCUCAGGCUUACUGAACAAUAUAAGUUCCGAAGAUUCAGAAAGUUUUGGCUGUGGCGGCGGUUUUCUUUCUGAGAAGAUUAAGUUGCCUGUCCCGCCGCGGGACAUGCCGGUGCCGCCGAGGGGGAUUACGGCUUCUCCGGUGCUUCCUAAUAGCACGAUUGGCAGUAACACGACAAAAACUCGCCUGGUUCAAAGUACUGACUUUCAGAUCUCAUCUCCGCCAAUUACGGGUGCAAAAAGAAGGAAGAACCAGGCGAAGAAGGUGGUGUGUGUACCAGCGCCAGCGCCAGCGCCAGCACCAGCACACAACAGGCCAGGUGGAGAAGUGGUUCCAUCUGAUCUCUGGGCAUGGAGAAAGUAUGGUCAGAAACCCAUCAAAGGUUCUCCCUACCCAAGGGGCUACUACAGAUGCAGCAGCUCCAAGGGUUGCUCAGCAAGGAAGCAAGUGGAGCGGAGCCGGACAGAUCCAAACAUGCUAGUCAUCACCUACACUUCGGAGCACAAUCAUCCAUGGCCAACCCAGAGAAACGUUCUGGCAGGCUCCACUCGAUCCCAACCAGCCAAAAGCAAUGCAGCUUCCAAGAAUUUACCAGGUUCUGAAGGAACAGGCUGCACCAAGGAAGAAGAAAAGGAAAGCAACAAUGAUAACAUGUCAUGCUCGCCUUCCAUUAUCACCGAAAGCUCAACAACAAAUGUGAAGGAGGAGAUGGAAGAGCUUGAAGCCCAAAUGGACAUGGAUGAUGAAGGUGGAUUCAGUGGAGGGUUUAACCCAUUAUUUGAAGGGCCUGCUAAUCAUUUGCAGUGUGAGGAUUUCUUUGCGGAUUUGGGCGAGCUGUUAGAGGUUGAACCAGUAAAUCUCUUGUUCGGCCAGCAGGGAUUCUCAGAAGACGAGGAGAGGGAGAACAAGAGCUUGGACCCAAGCAAUAUCUAUUGCGGCUGGAAAAGUAGCAACUACACAGCAUUUGGCGAUCAACCUGGGACUGGGAGGGGUCUAUAACAGGACCUUCAAUGCAAAAAAUCAAAAUUGCCACGGAGUUAAUUGCUUGCUCAUGCUGCAAUUUCAUUCACUCAAGUUCAUGUUGAAAACCUUGCCUAGCUAGCUAUUCUGGUAAUAAUACUUCUCCGCUUAGUGAAAAAUGAUUUCUUCUUUAACGUCUUAUUGGUAUAGUGUAUGUGUCUUGACCUCAGUAAACUUGUAAUUUGUAUGUAUAAGUUUACAUGUGUAAAGCACCAUCAAAUCACAAAAGAUCUAAAAAGAGUUGCGUACAAGACUUUAACAAUGUGAUUUUUUUUU